GUUCUGAUAGUUCGGACGUCAGUCACGCGCUUCAAACGGGAGAGCCUUCAGCGAACGAAACGUGUGAGUCAGUGCAUGGAAGUGAACGAGAACGAUUCGUUCAUUUAAAAGAUUCAUUCAAAAACACCGAUUCGUUAACAGCUCUAACUGUGAUCCACUUCAAGACAUUUAGCUACAUGUUAUGGAUACAGUCUUGGAUACCGUUUUUGCGUGAAAAAACAUAAACUGGCGUUCACAGCAGACCACAGAAUCUCAGCAGUGGAAACUUUUUAGUCACGGAAACAUUGUUCAUCUGGGUUUCUGGUUCUGGAUCCUUUGCUCUGUCCCAGCCAAUGUAGUAUCGGUGGGUCGCGGUCCCGUUUAGGCUUGGUGUUACAAGAACCGCCGUUUUAAUAUGUUAUAAGUAUCUAUUUUCAUACGCUGGCAUCAUCUCGUGAGAACCUGCCAACGCCUUUUCACCCCUUGGCUUCGUUAUUCUUCAAGCUGAAGGAAAAUUACCACAACGUCCAGUUUAAAAGGUUCUUAUUAAUCGUUUUAUAAACGUUUUGCAAAAUGGGUUGCACGUUAAGUGCUGAAGAUAAAGCAGCGAUGGAGAGGAGUAAGAUGAUUGAUCGGAACCUGCGAGAGGACGGAGAGAAAGCAUCCAGAGAAGUCAAACUACUGCUGCUCGGUGCUGGGGAAUCAGGGAAGAGCACAAUAGUUAAGCAAAUGAAGAUCAUUCAUGAAGAUGGCUACUCAGAUGAGGAGUGCAAGCAGUAUAAAGUCGUGGUUUAUAGCAACACUAUUCAGUCCAUCAUUGCCAUUAUCAGGGCCAUGGGCCGCUUAAAGAUCGACUUUGGGGAUCCUGCAAGAGCGGACGAUGCUCGGCAGCUCUUUGUGCUCGCCGGCACUGCAGAGGAAGGAGUUAUGACCCCUGAGCUCUCUGGGGUCAUCCGCCGGCUGUGGAAGGAUGAAGGAGUGCAGACGUGUUUCGUCAGAUCACGAGAGUAUCAGCUCAAUGAUUCAGCAGCCUACUAUCUGAACGAUCUGGAUAGGAUAUCCCAGCUCACCUACAUGCCCACUCAACAAGAUGUGCUGAGGACCCGAGUCAAGACCACUGGCAUUGUAGAAACACACUUCACCUUCAAAGAGCUAUACUUCAAGAUGUUUGAUGUUGGUGGCCAGCGUUCAGAACGGAAGAAAUGGAUCCAUUGUUUUGAAGGAGUCACUGCUAUUAUCUUCUGUGUGGCACUCAGCGACUAUGACCUGGUGCUAGCUGAGGAUGAAGAGAUGAACCGUAUGCAUGAGAGCAUGAAGCUUUUUGACAGCAUCUGCAACAACAAAUGGUUCACAGACACAUCCAUCAUUCUCUUCCUCAAUAAGAAGGAUCUAUUCGAGGAGAAGAUCAAAAGGAGUCCACUUACGAUAUGCUACCCAGAAUACUCUGGAACAAACACAUACGAGGAGGCAGCAGCAUACAUCCAGUGCCAGUUUGAGGAUCUGAACAGAAGAAAGGACACAAAGGAGAUCUACACACACUUCACUUGUGCCACAGACACCAAGAACGUACAGUUUGUGUUUGAUGCGGUCACUGAUGUCAUCAUCAAGAAUAACCUCAUAGAGUGUGGGCUCUAUUGAAGCAUCAUCUGUUUGCUGAGUUAUUUAUGGAAGAUUUCCGAGGUUCACUGACUGGUUAUUCCUGGUUUUGUCUGUUUCCUCUGUUGGCGAAUAAGUGAGAGAAACUUCCUCCCCGCUGCAUGCUCUCUUCACACUAAAUGCAGUACCUAUGCCCAUGGACAUUUUUUCCCAUAUCCUUCUUAACGACAAUCUGUUAUGGACAUGAUUUCUUUUUCAUUAUUUUAUUGCCAAUUCAGCUUCAUUCUGUUCAUUUUCUGUUUCCUCUGUAGGUAUUACAUGACACCACUAUGCAUAGAUCAUAAUCCACAAUAGACAGUAAUAACUAACCUCAGUUGCAUCAGAUAUCUUUGUUUUUGUUUUUUUAACACAGCAAACAGCAAAAUUUCGAUCUGAGUGCUUUUAAUAACAAUGUAUCAGGUCUUAUGGGAAAGUUACUAUUUUGCCAUGUUUCUCAUAGCAAUUACUUGGCUAAUUUAUUCAUUUUUAGGCCCGUCUUUAAAGUUUGCAUAUAUUUGCAUACUUCUCAGAAUUAAGCCGCUAGUGGUAGAACUAUUGUUGUAUAUUGUGUUAUAUUAUUGUCAUACCUUUAGUAAUUCACAGCCCAAUCACACAGCAGCAGUACACUGUUUAUUUUUUCACUAAUUAGACAUAGAUCACUUUAUGUAACACUUUAUAUAACCCACUAUUUUUGUAUCUCUUGAAGACCAGUAAAGGUGUGAACAAAUGUUUUUCUCACAGAUACAUUUCUGAAUGGUUCAGAAAUAAUGACCCUCUGUUGGGUCAAGAACACGUGGGAACAAAUGCCAUGAAAACAGAACAUGAUGGCCAGAUUUGCAUUCUUGAUGGAGUACAGAUUUUACAAGACUUGUUUGAUGUGCUUUUGUUUAAUCCUGUGGAUUUCAGUAUUUUUAAACAAAUUGACACAAUGUGAUCUGGUUUUUAAUACCUGUAUUUAAUAUGAAAAGUGUUGACAUCAAGUCAGAUGUUGCUUCCAGAACAUGCCAAACAGCCAGUUACCUGCAUGUGCAAGACAGAUUUUAUCCAUAUAUUAUGUAAAAAGUAUGGUAUUCCAAUUCUGGUACAUUCAUGUACUCGGUCUGGAUUCAUGCAACAAUCUGUGAUUUCUUUUCUAUAUCACUGUGCAUUAUUUUGUUUAACUAUUUCAGCUAUUUGAAACAUGAAAGUGCAAAUUAACAACUAACAUUAAUGAUCACUAAUAUGCUAAUAACCUGGUUUGUUUAGUUUUUCGAAAACCCUUUUAUAAACAUAUAGUAUAUACAUAAUCAUGGUCAGAAAUUAUCACACUCGAGUUGAAAAUAAUAUUUUAAUUUUAAGGCAAAUUUUUUCUAAGAAUCAUACCUAAACUUAUUUUAUUUGUCAUUUUUUAAUGAGAUUGUGUAUCUGAUCUAAUACUUCAAAUGUGCAAUUGGCAUUUUUGGAUCUUUUAUUUCCUGUUCCAGUUUCUCUGAUGGUGCCUGUGGCUCUAAAUAUGUAUAUAUGUGUAGUCUCACGAUUGUUAGAUAUCUUUACUACUCAUUUUUGCUGUCAUGAAGACACCUCUUUUUGAUUAUAUAAUACUCUUAGCAAAAAGAGUGUUUUGUACUGUGGUUCAUUUAAAAUUAGCUCUGACACAAAGGGUCGGUGUUUGAAAAUCCCAAUUAAAACAAUGUAAGGUCAGUGUUUUGUAAAAGUGCACAAUUACAGUAGCGCUAAUGGCCAGCCAUUUGCAGCACAUAAUAGUAAUUCAACACCAGCAACCAGUGAAAUUGAUGCAAGUCUUUAUUUCAUGUGCCUACAUUUACAUUCCAGAACAUCUCCACAAAUUCAGACCUCAGGUUUUAAACAAAGCAACAGGCCAUUCUAGAAUUUUCACUUGUUACUGUAAUACUGUAUCAUAAAUAUAUAGAUUUAUGUCUCCGUAUAUAUUUUAUAUAGAAUCUUUUUUGAAACAGAUUUUUUUCCUACUCUUAUUUACAAAACAUGCUGCCCUACUGUAUUUGGGGCUGAAAAAGAAAUGUCUUUCAUAUAUUGUGUGAGCUGGCUGAAUUCAAACAAUCAUGUCUUGCUGAUGUGCAAGUUUUAACUCUCUCAAAGGAAACCAGAUGCUGUACAUAUAAGAAUGUUUCUAAUUGCUACCAUGGGAUCUGAUGGGAUCCCACUUCAAUUUCUUUAAUACAGCAACAUUUAAUUGCAUUAAAUUUACUUUUCUUUUUCUGGAAAUGAAUGGAAAAACAUCUAACAGUCAAACCUCUAUAGGUUUAAUAUUAAACACAUUGAGAGGAAGCUUCUCUACAAGCAUCAAAAGUCCCCUUUCUUUGGUAAUCCUUCUCUCGUUCUCUGUACUAGUGGUUUGACAGGAAAUGUUUUAGAGUCCCUUGGCAGGGCAGAGGCCAUUAGUCUAAUCUGGAUCUAGUCUCUGAGGUUUGGUUAAGUUGUUGAGGUUGUUCUUUGGCCGGGGAUCCGCUGACCACACUUGACUGCUUGCUGUAGAGUUCACCUUUAUGCCACCCGUGGAUGUUCUUUUGUUACUGUGGCAACUUCACCAGAGUAAAUCCAAUCAUGCUGGUGGGGGUGGGGCAAUAAGAUCUGAAAAAAAAUAAAUAAAAAAAAUCAGAUUUUUUAAAGCCAAUUAUGAAAAAACUUUCUGAAAUCCAUCUACACUGGAAGCGUGGAAGCAUGUUUACUACCACGGACCAUGCUGAUGUUAGAAGUAUAGAAAUGGAGCAUUCAUCAACUGAAGGCGAUGGAACUUAUUUACUUAUAUAACGUUCCGUUCGCGUCCAGUGUUGACAGAGUAAAUCUGCUUU